AUGACAAAACAUAGUAUCGAACUAAAAUUAGCGAAUAAAUCGGAAGAAAAAAUUUCAUUUAUUGAAAGAAUAUUAACAAAAAAUGAUGAAGCAUCAUCUAUAACAUACAUUGAUGACGACGUUACGAAUUUACGUACAGUUACUGAUAAAAUUCCAACAGCAUGUCGAGUUGUAAUAUUUUGCGAAUUUUGUGAUCGAUUUACACUUUUUGGAAUAAUGGCAAUACUCCAAAACUAUAUUCAGUUUCCUUUGUCCACGGCACAUAGCCAACAACCAGGCGUUAUGGGUAAAGGGGAAAAAGUCGCAACGGCAUUAACCUUAUUUUUUAGCUUUAUAACUUACUCAACAUUGAUGAUUGGUGCAGUGAUUGCGGAUGCCUAUUGGGGAAAAUAUAAGACAAUACUUGUAUUUGGGAUUAUUUAUGCUUUAGGACCAUUAAUUUUAACAGUAACGUCAAUUCCGCCAGUACUGAACACUAAUGCACCAUUCAUAGGCUUGGUUAUUGCUAUUUUGUUAAUGGGACUAGGACGUGGAGGUGUAAAAUCCAAUUAUACGGUAGCAGCUGCAGAACAAUAUCCUCAUAAGAAACCAUACAUAAAAACAUUGAAAACCGGUGAAAAAGUAAUAGUCGAUCCAGAAUUAACUAUUCAAUCCAUAUUUAAUUGGCUAUACGUGUUAACAAACAUCGGAAUGCUUUCGCCAUUUAUUACAACCACCAUAGAGAAAUAUCAUUCAUUUUGGUUGGCAUAUUUAAUGUGCCUUAUGGUUUUUAUCCUUUCAAACUUGGUUUUUUAUCUUAAGAAUAAGGAUUUCAAAAAAAUCCCUCCUAAUGGAUCCAUAUUUGUUGAUGCCUUCAAAGUAUUUCGGAUCGCUUUGACAAGUCGUACACGUAGUUUAAAUUCAGCAAAACCAUCAAAUAUGACUCCCAUUCAAUUAAGUCGGCGCCACGUAAAGUGGGAUGAUAAUUUUGUGGAUGAUCUGAGAAAAGGAUUGCAAGCCUGUAGUCUAUUCAUGUUUUAUCCGAUCUACUGGGCAGCGUGGAGUCGAUCACAUACCAAUAUGAUUUCUCAGGGAGCGACGAUGCGAUCAGGGAAUAUGCCAAACGAUUUAAUGACUAAUAUCGUUCCAUUGGCGGCGGGUCUUAUUUCCAUUGUUGUGGAUAAAAUCUUAUAUCCAACAAUGCGUAAAUGUGGUGUAACACUUCUGCCGACUACUAAAAUAUUCAUUGGGUUUGUUUGUAUGGCUUUGGCAAUGGUAUACUGUGCUGUGCUUCAAUGGUUUAUAUAUAAAACGGGGCCAUGCUAUCAACACACGCUUUGUAUCAUUGAUGGUAAAAUGGUUCCGAAUGAUAUUAGUAUUUGGUGGCAAGUGCCUGUUUUCGUCUAUAUAACUGCGCUUGAAUAUGCAUACCAUAAGGCACCGAAUUCGAUGGAAUCGAUUGUUACCGCUUUGUUCUUUACAACUGAUGGCGUUGGUUCAGCCUUAGGGCUCCUCGUGGUGCCGCUUUCGCAUGAUCCUUACACCUUCUACGCUUAUAUAAUUAUGUCAGCAUUAAUUAUUUUCACAGGAUUACUGCUGUUAAUUCUGUUCCGCAAAUAUGAUCUUGAACCAUCUUCCUUGUCAGAUGAUUCGAACGUCAAUCUUGAAAAUACUGCAAGGAUAAAAAACGAUUCUGA